AUGGAUAUCAUUGCCGAUAAACAUGCAUCGAAAGAUUUUCGUGGCUUCUGGAAAUCCACAAGUAAAUUGAAUAGUGGGCCUGGUCUGCCUGUGAGUGUCAAUGGCUGCAGUGAUACGAGAGAUAUUGCUAAUUUAUUCAAGGAUCACUUCUAUGUGCGUUCACAGUUGGGACCAUCGGGGGAGAUGCUCAAUGCUGAGAAACCUGAAGGAAAGGUGGGCUUACGUUUUAGGGCCAAGGACGUGGAGAACGUGAUCAGACACAUGUCGCGAGGAACAUUUGUGUGCAGCAACCUGGCCGGCAACCUGAUCAGCGAGCUGAGCGACACGGCGCUGCCGCCGCUGCCUGCGCUGCACACGCUGGUGCUGAAGCGGAACCGCAUCGCGUACAUCGACGAGCGCGCCUUCUCCAACACGCCGGCGCUGCGAGUGCUGCGCCUGGAGGAGAACCUGCUGACGGAGGUGCCGGGUGCGGUGCGUCUGCUGCCGCUGCUGGAGGACCUCUCGCUGGCCAGCAACCGCGUGGAGGUGGUGGCGGCGGGCGUGCUGCAGGCGUGCCGCCGCCUCGCGCGCCUCGAGCUGCGCGCCAACCCGCUGGCGCACGUGCACGCGCGCGCCCUCACGCACCUGCCGCACCUCACCACGCUCGUGGUGUCGGAGGCGCGGGCGCUGCGCGCGCUGCCCUCGCUGAACGGCACGCUGCGCCUGCGCACGCUGCGCGCCGACCGCGCGCGCCUCACGCACCUCCCGCCCGAGCUGUGUGCGCACGCGCCGCAGCUACGCUCGCUGGACGUGAAGCUGAACGCGCUGCAGAGCGUGCCCGACCUGCGCGACUGCUCCGAGCUGCGCGUGCUCGACCUGUCCGGCAACGAGAUCUCGGCGCUGGAGGGCGAGUCGCUGCGCGGGCUGCGGCGCCUGCACGACCUGGUGCUGGCGCGCAACCGCCUGCGCCGCCUGCCCGCCGCCGCCUUCUCGCACACGCCCGACCUGCAAGUGCUGAAUCUGGAGGAUAAUAUGAUCGAGCACAUCGACAUGGAGGCGUUCGUGCCCAUCUCCAAGCUCGAGGACCUGAACGUGGGCAACAACGUGUUCUCGUGGCUGCCGGCGAGCGGGCUGCAGCGCCUGCUGCACCUGAAGGCGCACAACAACCCGCAUCUGCGCCACUUCCACCCGCCGGAGCUCUUCCCCCGGAUACAGACGCUGGUGCUGUCGUACGCGUACCACUGCUGCGAGUUCCUGCCGCUGAUGGAGGCGGGCGGCGAGGAGGAGGCGGCGGGCGAGGCCUCGGACCUGGUGAUCCUGCCGCCGCAGCACAUCGACCCCGCCGCCUGGGCGAACUCUACCGACAUCUGGGCGCGCUACUUCAACGUGUCGGAGCUGGGCGCGGGGGGCGCGGGGGCGGGCGCGGGCCUGGCGGCGCUGCUGGAGGGCUGGGCGGGCGCGGGCGCCGUGGAGCUGGGCGAGCGCGCCGACCUGCGCGCCGAGCCGCCGCGCAAGGUGCACUGCCUGCCGCUGCCGGGACCGUUCCUCCCGUGCGUGGACCUGUUCGACUGGUGGACGCUGCGCUGCGGCGUAUGGGCGGUGUUCCUGCUGGCACUGCUGGGGAACGGCACGGUGGUGUUCGUGCUGGUGUUCAGCCGCAGCCGCAUCGACGUACCGCGCUUCCUCGUCACCAACCUGGCCGCGGCUGACUUCUUCAUGGGCAUAUAUUUAGGCUUCUUGGCUGUGGUGGAUGCGGGCACGCUGGGAGAGUUCCGCGCGCACGCUAUCGCCUGGCAGAUGUCGGGCGGCUGCAAGCUGGCCGGCUUCCUGGGUGUGCUGUCGUCCGAGCUGUCUGUGUACACGCUGGCGGUGAUCACGCUGGAACGCAACUACGCCAUCACGCACGCCAUGCACCUCAACAAGCGGCUGUCGCUGCGCCACGCCGCCGUCGUCAUGGCGGCAGGCUGGGCCUUCUCGCUGGUCGCGGCCGCGCUGCCGCUGCUGGGCGUGUCCGACUACCGGAAGUUCGCCGUGUGCCUGCCCUUCGAAACCAGCACACCCGUGGCGCUAGGCUACGUGGUCACCCUGCUCGCCAUCAACGGCGUCGCCUUUCUCGUGCUGCUCGGCUGCUACCUCAAGAUGUACUGCGCUAUCCGUGGUUCGCAAGCCUGGAAUUCCAACGACUCACGCAUCGCCAAACGCAUGGCUCUUCUAGUGUUCACUGACUUCUUGUGCUGGUCGCCGAUUGCCUUUUUCGCCUUGACGGCUGCGUUCGGUGCUCAGCUAGUCUCGCUCGAGGAGGCGAAGGUAUUCACCGUGUUCGUGCUGCCACUGAACUCGUGCUGCAACCCUUUCCUUUACGCUAUUCUCACAAAGCAGUUCAAGAAGGACUGCACACUCGUGUGCAAGGCUAUCGAAGAGUCGCGCGUGACGCGCGGCAUCGGGCGCUGCCGGCACUCGUCCAACUUCAGCAACCGGCAGACGCCCGCCAACACCAACAGCCUGGCGGAGCGCUCGUCGCGCGGCCAGCACGGCGCGGCGUGCGCGUGCCGCCGCCUGCUGCCGGGCGCGGGGCCCGGCGAGCGGGGCCCCGGGGAGCGCGCGCCCGCCGGCCGCGAGCGCCUGCUACGCUGGCUGCGCGCCUGCGGGCGCCGCACCACGCCGGCGCCCGCGCCCGCCCCGCGCCUUCCCGCCGCCGCGCCGGCGCGCGCCGGCUCCGUGUCCUCGUCGGUGGAAUUCUCGUCGUCUCGCUCGGACUCGUGGCGCACGUACGGGCGGCCGCCGCCGCCGCCGCGCCGCGCCGCCUCGUGGCUGGUGGCGCGCAAGACCUCGCAGGACUCCAACCUGUCGUCGUCGCGCAACGACUCGUCGGGCUCGAACGCCACCGCGUCCACGGGCACGUGGCGCACGUCGCGCUCGGGCGGCAGCGCGGCGGGCGCUGGGGGCGCGGGGGGCGCGGGGGCGCGGCCGCGGCUGACGCGCCAGCCCGCCGUGUCGGGCGACGAGCCGCCGGGCUCGCCGGGCGCGCUGCCGGCGCCGGCGCCGCGCCACCUGCACACCAUCCCGUCGGCGGCCGAGGCCGAGCUGCAGCCGGACGACGACGCUCGCGCCGCUUCACAAGACUGAGUCGCCGUCCCCGCCGCCGCCCGGACCUAACCAGACAAAUAAAAUUAAUUACUACAAGUUAGACUUAAUGUUUUGUACAGUAUUAGGUAGUCUGCGGCAUCCUUGUGGGUGUCGAGCAAUUGAAGUAUUAUGACAAAAUAAUUAUUUAUUUAGGAAAAUGUUGAUAUAAGAUUAUUUAUAUACGAGUCUAUUAUACAAGUAUAUUUACAGUCGAGUCCAAAGUACCUCCUGCAGCGUGCUGCGUGCAGUGCGCGUCGCGGCGCCGGUGCUGGCCCGCACUGUUGUAUCGUAUUUAUUACCCAGGUGAUAAUAAUGAAUGAUUAGUAUUCAAACAAUAAGUAUACUAAGCUACUAUUAAGUAAGAGUCGUUAACAUUAAAUAGUUUUUGUAUGUUGUUACGAGUUACCGUAGCGGAGUACGACAGCCGGCAGCUCAAUACGUGCCAAUUACUUACAUUGUAAUUUACCUACGCGUUGUUAUACAUAGGUAUACCUAUACACUGUUAUAAUAUUACCGCAAUGGUGAGUGUCGCACUCAUCCUACCGCUGACCAUUGUCCACUAAUUAGGAAGCACUUUUACCCAACAGGUGGGUCGGCGACCAGACAGGUCAGGCAGGAUACCUCGACAACCGUGAGGUGCUGUCUUAUCUUACAUUUUGUAACUUACCAUGAAAACAUUUGUAUGAAACAUUUUCUAUGUCAUUAUUAUAUCGAUUUAAGAAUAUGAGAUGAGGAUGAUGUCUGCACGUGUGACUGAGUGAUAGCAUUAUGGACGGAGUGACAAGAGCAGGGAAAGCGAUGACUGCAGCGGAACUUGUUAAAUCUUUUAUAAUGAAAUAUUGUUUAAUAUUGUAAAUGUACAUACUUACAUAGUCGUGUCUAUUUAUUGAUGUGUCCGAGUGACGCGUGGUUGAGAGUGUUAUUUAUUUAUUGUACAAUAAUUAUACGAGAACUGUGAA